AUGCCUUCUCUCAAAACACAGAAAGCUAGUUCUGGUCUUAGAUGGAAGCAUCUUUACAAUGUCCUUAACAAACGCGGUCCUUUCAGUGAUGAGGACUGGGUCCCUGGACCUGAGACAAUUGAAGCACUGGAGACAUCAAAAAUUCUAGGCGCUGGAGGCCUGGGAUGUGAAAUCUUGAAAAAUCUCGCGCUGUCAGGCUUUAAAGACAUCCAUGUGAUCGACAUGGACACAAUAGAUAUCUCCAACCUGAAUCGUCAGUUCUUAUUCCGCCAAUCUGACGUAGGGAAACCGAAAGCCGAAGUUGCAGCUGCUUUUGUGGAGAAGCGCGUCAAGGGGGUCAAGAUCACACCCUACGUGGGUAAGAUCCAGGACCUAGACGAGGAUUAUUACAUGCAAUUCAAGAUCAUUGUCUGCGGGCUCGACAGUGUCGAAGCACGUCGAUGGAUCAACUCCACACUUGUGGGCAUGGUAGAUCCAGAAAAUCCCGAGAGCCUCAAGCCACUGAUUGACGGUGGUACCGAAGGCUUCAAGGGACAGGCUCGAGUCAUCCUACCGACACUCACAUCAUGCAUCGAGUGCCAGCUUGAUAUGCACGCUCCUCGCGCCGCCGUUCCUCUCUGCACCAUCGCAACCAUCCCCCGACAGCCUCAACAUUGCAUCGAGUGGGCUCAUCAGAUCGCGUGGCAGGAGAAGCGGAAAGACGAGCCCUUCGACAGCGACAACAUGGAGCAUAUCUCCUGGAUCUAUCAGACCGCGCUUGAACGAGCAAAGCAGUUCGGCAUCACCGGCGUCACGUUCCAAAUGACACAAGGUGUCGUGAAGAAUAUCAUUCCGGCCAUCGCCUCCACAAAUGCAGUUAUCGCCGCAUCUACCACAUCCGAAGCGCUCAAGAUUGCUACGUCCUGCAACCCGUACCUGGAGAACUACAUGAUGUACGCGGGUGAGGAAGGGGUCUACACGUACACCUUUGCCGCAGAGCAAAAGCCCGACUGUCCUGUGUGCGGUAAUCUGGCGCGGACGAUUGUCGUGGAUCCCGAGAUUACGCUGGAAAUGUUUAUUGAGAGCCUGGGAGAGCGGCCGGAGGCGCAGCUGAAGAAGCCCAGCCUGCGGUCGGAGGAGAAAACACUCUACCAGCGCUUCCCGCCGCAGUUGGAGGAGCAGACACGGCCAAACCUCCGUCGCAAGCUCAAGGAUCUGGUGUCCAACGGGCAGGAAAUUGCCGUCAGCGAUCCGGCCUUCCAGAUUGAUUUCCGAUACAAGCUUGUCUUCCAAUAG